CGGGCAGCGCGCCGCACCUCUCUCCUCCGCGCCGCCCCAGCAGCUCCGCCGGCGCAGCCCGCGCCAUGCGCUGCCCGCCGGGCAGCCGCCGCCUGCGCCUCCUUCCGCUCCCGCUGCCGGUGCCGGUGCUGGUGCUGGUGCUGUGCAGCCUGCGGGCGCCGCGUGCGGGGGGCUCGGCCUGCCCCGCGCCCUGCCGCUGCCGCGGGGACCUGCUGGACUGCAGCCGCCUGCAGCUGAGCCGGGCCCCCGAGCGGCUGCCGCCCGCGGGGGUGCAGCUGGAUUUAAAUCAUAACAGAUUAUCUUCAAUCAAUUUGAGUCAACUUCCUAAUCUUCAAGAAAUAAAAUUGAACAACAAUGAAUUGGAGACCAUACCGAAGCUGGGCCCAGUCUCUGCAAAUAUUACUCUUCUGUCCUUGACCAAUAACAAGAUUGCUGACAUCUUGCCUGAAUAUUUGAAACCAUUUCAAGCUCUAGAAACUUUGGACCUGAGCAACAAUAAUAUUUCAGAACUGAAAACUGCAUUGUUUCCUCCUUUGCAGCUCAAGUACUUGUAUAUUAACAGUAAUCGGAUAACCUCAAUGGAGCCUGGUACCUUUGACAAUUUGUCUCGCACACUUCAAGUAUUGAAACUGAACAGGAACAAAAUGUCAUCAAUCCCUCACAAGAUGUUUAAGCUGUCCCAUCUGCAGCACCUGGAGCUGAAUCGUAACAAAAUAAGACACAUAGAUGGCCUUACUUUUCAAGGACUUGCUGCUUUGAAAUCAUUAAAGCUACAGCGAAAUGGGAUAACUAGACUCAUGGAUGGAGCAUUCUGGGGAUUAACCAGCAUGGAAAUCUUGCAGCUGGACCAUAAUAACCUAACAGAGAUCACCAAGGGCUGGCUUUAUGGCUUGCUUAUGUUGCAGCAGCUUCAUCUCAGCCACAAUGCCAUCAGCAGGAUCAGUCCUGAUGCCUGGGAAUUUUGCCAGAAACUCAGUGAGCUGGAUUUAACGUUCAAUCACUUAGCAAGGUUAGAUGAUUCAAGCUUCAUUGGUUUAAGCCUACUGGUUGGACUCUACAUUGGUAACAACAAAGUAAAUUACAUUGCUGAUUGUGCCUUCCGGGGACUUUCCAGUUUACAGACUUUGGAUCUGAAAAACAAUGAAAUAUCGUGGACUAUUGAAGAUAUGAAUGGUGCUUUCUCUGGACUAGAUAAACUUAAAAAGUUAAUACUCCAAGGAAACAGGAUUAGAUCCAUUACAAAGAAAGCAUUUUCUGGCUUGGAUGCACUUGAACACCUAGAUCUAACUAACAAUGCAAUUAUGUCAGUGCAAGGAAAUGCAUUUUCACAAAUGAAGAAGCUGAAAGAAUUGCACUUAAAUACAUCAAGUCUUCUGUGUGACUGCCAGCUAAAAUGGUUACCACAGUGGGUUUCAGAGAACAACUUUCAGAGCUUUGUAAAUGCCAGUUGUGCCCAUCCUCAGCUGCUAAAAGGAAGAAGUAUUUUUGCUGUUAGUCCAGAUGGGUUUGUUUGUGAUGAUUUUCCUAAGCCACAGAUCACUGUCCAGCCAGAAACCCAAUCAGCAAUCAGAGGCUCCAAUUUGAGUUUUGUGUGUUCAGCAGCCAGCAGCAGUGAUUCCCCAAUGACUUUUGCAUGGAAGAAGGACAAUGAGUUACUACAUGAUGCUGAAAUGGAGAAUUAUGCACAUCUCCGGGCGCAGGGUGGUGAAGUGAUGGAGUACACGACCAUUCUUCGGCUACGCAAUGUUGAAUUCAGCAACGAAGGAAAAUACCAGUGUGUUAUUUCAAAUCACUUUGGUUCAUCUUACUCUGUCAAAGCCAAGCUUACAGUAAACAUGCUGCCUUCAUUUACGAAGAUCCCCAUGGACCUAACCAUCCGUGCCGGGGCAAUGGCCCGAUUAGAAUGUGCUGCAGUUGGUCAUCCGGUACCACAGAUUGCUUGGCAAAAAGAUGGUGGCACAGACUUUCCUGCAGCACGCAAGAGACGUAUGCAUGUCAUGCCUGAGGAUGAUGUGUUCUUUAUUGUUGAUGUAAAAAUUGAGGACACCGGAGUUUAUAGCUGUACAGCUCAAAACACUGCUGGAAGCAUUUCAGCAAAUGCAACAUUAACAGUACUAGAAACACCAUCAUUUUUGCGGCCCUUGCUGGACCGAACUGUAACAAAAGGUGAAACUGUAGUUUUGCAAUGUAUUGCUGGUGGUAGCCCUCCACCACGGCUGAACUGGACUAAGGAUGACAGCCCUUUGACGGUAACAGAAAGACACUUCUUUGCUGCAGGCAAUCAGUUACUAAUUAUUGUCGACACAGAUGUGGAAGAUGCUGGGAAAUACACUUGUGAAAUGUCAAAUACGCUUGGAACAGAAAGAGGGAACAUUCGUCUUAAUGUAAUUCCUACGCCCACCUGUGAUUCUCCUCAAAACUUAGCCCCAUCAUUGGAUGAUGAUGGAUGGGCCACAGUUGGCGUUGUGAUCAUAGCGGUGGUUUGCUGUGUGGUGGGAACUUCCCUUGUGUGGGUGGUCAUCAUAUACCACACAAGGAGAAGAAAUGAAGAUUGCAGCAUUACAAAUACAGAUGAGACGAAUUUGCCUGCUGACAUUCCAAGUUACCUGUCAUCCCAGGGAACAUUAGCUGAAAGGCAGGAUGGGUAUGGAUCAUCAGAAAAUGGAAGUCAUCAUCAGUUCAUAACUUCUUCCAUGGGGGGAUAUUUCUUGCAGCAAAAAGAUAGUCAUGGCAUUUGUCAUCUAGAUAAUGGCAGUGAAACAGAUCUGGAGGGUGUUACGGAUCCAUUCUUAUGCCACUAUCUGGGGAAUUCCGGAACUGUGUGUUUAAAAGGGAAUGCUUAUGGCUUGGAUGCUUUUGAAGCAUAUAGCACAAGCUGCAGCCCUGAUCAAAGAACAGUGUAUAUGGAUCCUAAUGAAUCUAGUUUCUUAAAGAAAAAAGAAUGCUAUCAAUAUUCACGCCCACCAGAAGAUCCAUUUGACCAAUAUGUUGGCAGUGUGGAAAUGCAGGCUACAAGUAGCAAACUGCUUACCACUUACACUCAAAAUGAAGGAAGUGGAGUGAAAAACUUGAUUCUAAACUCUGAUGCAUUUGAUUCAAAUAGAAGUCAGGAACUAUCUUCUGAUAUUAUUAGCAGCACUUUCAUGGGAACAUUUGGAAAGCCUUUAUGGAGGCCUCAGUUGGAAUCUCUUUCAAGUUACAGACAGCCAGCAAGUUGUCUACCAAAAACCUCCCAUAAUAAUCCUCAUGCCUCAUUGGAUUUUGACUCAGAGGCAGAGGAAGAUGGAAAGGACAGGACAUUUUCUCAAGAGGAAAAUAACAUUUGUACUUAUAAACAGUCUUUUGAAAACUUUAGGACUCCUACUUUCCAGUCCUGUGACUUGGAUACAUAGCUGCUGGACUUGCCAUUGAUUUAUGGAACCAAAAAAAUAUUUUAACGUACUACCUCAGUGUGGAGUUUUAAUUUAAGCAGAAAAAUAAAAAAGAGAGAGCCAUCAUGGAGCCAUGAAUUCUGAAAGAAUCGAUACAAUUUUUUUAAACAUGAAAAACAAUUGCCAAAAUGAGAUACAGGGAAUAUUCCUUAUAAAAUACUAUAUUUCUAAUUAUUUUAUAGCUUUUGUUUUAUGCAAAUGUUAUCUUUUGUAAAUUAAUGGUGUAAAUAAUACUGUGUGUAUUUUUGCCAGACUUCAUUUUAUUGACAUGAGUACUAAAGCAUUCUAAACUUGUACUAGCAACUGUACAUUUUAUGAAUGCUGUUUGCAGGUAUCAUGCAUCUUAUUUGCACAUCACUUAAUAAACUAUGCUGCCUUGUGGUCUUGAGCCACAUUAAUGUA